UUCCACUUUGCAGCUCCUCAGUGAAUUUUUGGAUGAAGCCAUCAAAUUAAUUGCUUGCCAUCAUGAGCAGAAGCAAACGUGAUAGCAAUUUUUAUAGUGUAGAGAUUGGAGAUUCUACAUUCACAGUCCUGAAACGAUACCAGAAUUUAAAACCUAUAGGCUCAGGAGCUCAAGGAAUUGUAUGUGCAGCUUAUGAUGCCAUUCUUGAAAGAAAUGUUGCAAUCAAGAAGCUAAGCCGGCCAUUUCAGAAUCAAACGCAUGCUAAGCGGGCUUACAGAGAGCUAGUUCUUAUGAAAUGUGUUAAUCACAAAAAUAUAAUUGGCCUUUUGAAUGUGUUCACACCACAGAAAUCCCUAGAAGAAUUUCAAGAUGUUUACAUAGUUAUGGAGCUCAUGGAUGCAAAUCUUUGCCAAGUGAUUCAGAUGGAACUAGAUCAUGAAAGAAUGUCCUACCUUCUCUAUCAGAUGCUGUGUGGAAUCAAGCACCUGCAUUCUGCUGGAAUUAUUCAUCGGGACUUAAAGCCCAGUAAUAUAGUAGUAAAAUCAGACUGCACUUUGAAGAUUCUUGACUUUGGACUGGCCAGAACUGCAGGAACGAGUUUCAUGAUGACACCUUACGUAGUGACUCGCUACUACAGAGCCCCCGAAGUCAUCUUAGGGAUGGGCUACAAAGAAAACGUUGACAUUUGGUCAGUUGGGUGCAUCAUGGGAGAAAUGAUCAAAGGUGGUGUUUUGUUCCCAGGUACAGAUCAUAUUGAUCAGUGGAAUAAAGUUAUUGAACAGCUUGGAACACCAUGUCCUGAAUUCAUGAAGAAACUGCAACCAACAGUAAGGACUUAUGUUGAAAACAGACCUAAAUAUGCUGGAUAUAGCUUCGAGAAACUCUUCCCAGAUGUACUUUUCCCUGCUGACUCAGAACACAACAAACUUAAAGCCAGUCAGGCAAGGGAUUUGUUAUCCAAAAUGCUGGUAAUAGAUGCCUCUAAAAGGAUCUCUGUAGAUGAAGCUCUCCAGCACCCAUAUAUCAAUGUCUGGUAUGAUCCUUCGGAAGCAGAAGCUCCACCACCAAAGAUCCCUGACAAGCAAUUAGAUGAAAGGGAGCACACGAUAGAAGAGUGGAAAGAAUUGAUAUACAAGGAAGUUAUGGACUUGGAGGAGAGAACCAAGAAUGGAGUAAUACGGGGUCAGCCCUCUCCUUUAGGUGCAGCAGUGAUCAAUGGCUCUCAGCACCCAUCGUCAUCAUCGUCUGUCAAUGAUGUGUCUUCAAUGUCAACAGAUCCAACUUUGGCCUCUGAUACAGACAGCAGUCUAGAAGCAUCAUCUGGACCUCUGGGCUGUUGCAGAUGACUACUUGGGCCUGGGGGGGGAGGUUUAUAGGGGGAGCCGUUUAGUCAUUGGUAGAACUACUUUGAAAACAAUUCAGUGGUCUUACUUUUGAGUGGAUUUUCAAAAAUGUAGAAUUUAUUUUGUAGUAAAGCAGUUUUGUUUUUUUUUUUUUACUUUCCAAUGCUGUAAUUUAAAACAAGUUGUGUUUAAAAACACCAACAAAACUGUAUUUCUUUUUUCUUUUUUUUGCUGUAAUUAACUGUAUAAUGUAAACCUAAUUAUUUUAUCAUGGUUUAAAUUUUUGCAUAUUUGCUUUAUCUUAUGCUGCUGAUUUUUUUUUUUUACUGAAUUUGUAAGAUUUUGUUUAUCAAAGCAACUAUUAUGUGGUGAC